CUUAACUUCAACCCUAACUCUCUCUCCCUUCAGUAAAACAACCAAAACCUUCCAAUUGAACAUACACCAUGACAACAAAAGGCUACUUCGCAGGUAUUCGCCGAAGCUCCACAGAACCGAUCUCGAAACCGCCCCGUCGAAUAUCCGUCGCCUCGGCUGCAAUACCAGAAGCCUCUUCCCAACGGCGCAACAGCCACAACGUCCAUUUCCGCGAGAAGGACACCACAACCCAACAAGAUGAUACAGUGGUGAUAGCAGUAAUGGGCGUCACGGGGUCCGGGAAGAGUUCCUUGAUAUCGCUUCUUGCGGAUCAGCCUGUGGGUAUUGGCCAUAAUUUACAGUCCCAUACAACACACACAGACAUGUUCAGCUUCUCGCACCCCGAAACCAACAACACCGUUAUCCUCCUCGACACCCCCGGAUUCGAUGACACGGAUCGCUCCGAUACCGAAAUCCUCAAAGAAAUCUCCUGCUUCCUAGCCAUGAUCCACGAGAAGCGAUGGCGUCUCGUCGGCAUUGUCUAUCUGCACCGGAUCACGGAUCCGCGACUCGGCGGCUCGGCGAUGAAGAACCUGCACAUGUUCGAGAAGCUGUGUGGCAGUCGCAGCUUUCCUAGGGUCGUGCUGGUGACUAAUAUGUGGGGGGACUUGGAGCCGACGGAAGCGGGGCGGGCGAUUGGGGAGCGGAGACAGAAUGAGCUGAAGAGUCAGUUUUGGAAGACGAUUGUUGAGGAAGGGGGCAAUGUUAUGCAGCAUGAUGGGUCGAAGGAGAGUGCGUCGGCGAUUGUGUCGUCGUUGGUGAAGAGGAAUGAGGAGGUGGUUUUGCAUAUUGUGCAUGAGUUGGUGGAGGAAAAGAAGACUUUGGAUGAGACUGAUGCUGGGCAGUAUGUCCAGGCCGAGCUGUUGAAGAUCAAGAAGAAGUAUGAUCGGGAGAUCGCUGAUCUUCAGGAGAGUAUGGAGGAGGCCAUGGAGGCGAGGGAUGAGGAAACUGCACGGGCGAUCAAAAGGGAGAGAGAGGCGGCCAAGGCUAAAGUGGCGCAGAAGGCUCGUGAGUCUAGGGGCCUCAAGAUCUCGAUGCAGCAACUCGUGCAGGAGAAGAUGGCCGAAUAUGAUGCUCGUGCUACUGAGCCGGAUAACCAGGAGGCUGUCCGGGGCCGUAUCGCGGAGCUGUUUGAAGAGUUCAAGUCCGAGAUACGGGAGGAGAUGCGCGAAGAGUUGGAGUCGGAGAUGCGGGACGUCAAGGAAAGACUUGCUAAGAUCGAAACCGGUCCGACCGAGAAAGCUGAACAGCGAGUUGAACAGCGAGAGGAAGAACAGCCAAAGGAAGAUAUCAAGUCUGGCGGACUGAUGGGAUGGUUCUCUAGGCCUCUAACUGGGUUUAGCCGAGCUUGAACGAGUGUCAUGCUGGGGAAUGCAUCACUAUCUGUGCUGGAGGUUGGGAUACUAUGUUUGAUGUCUAUUAAGGUACUAUAAUAAUCUUGGAGUUAUGUAUUUACACAGCUAUAUGAAUAAAACGAACAAUAAUGCACAUUAACA